CGCACACGCAAACACACGCGCCCGCAGGCACACGCACGCACUCGGAGAGCUUCGCACAUUCCCACAAGCGCAGAAGAAGCGCUUUGGAGGAAUUGGAUGGAGCCGCCGCGUCUUCUCUCCGGCUCACAGGAAGAGAAACACGCUUUUCUCGCUGGUGUACAGUACUCAACCGCUUGUUCUUAAAAUACAACAUCCUUUUUAACCUUUUAUUUUUCCUCUUUUCUACGCGAAACCAAGUUUUCGGACGGGAAAAACACGGGGUAACGGAGAGUUUUACGCAUUGAGCGGAACCAGGAACGAGCGUCUUUUUUGUUCUUCAGUCGAAUACAGGAUAUUUCUCAUCUCGGGGAUUACAAACUGUGCAUUACCACUUUAAAUAGGCGGGAUGCGUUAAAGGAUUUCCCCUUCUAUCGUAAUUAGGAGGCUGUUUCACCCGCUUCUUUGUCCUGAGCGCACAGUAUUGGCGUAAAACGGGCUCCGCGCAAAAAGAGAAGGAUCUCGGAUUUGAAUUUGACCCAGACAGACUGUACCGAUGCCAACACAGCGUCUCCACCAGAGACCUUGGAUGUAGUAAAGAACUGCGCUGCUGCAUGUCUCCUGUCAUCCUCUUCCCCCCCCUGGUAUGGCUUUUUACUGGAAGUAGUCUUCAAAGUAGGAGGAUGGCUUCUUACUCCCCCCCAGGUUACAGCCUGAUCCCCCUCCAAGCUUAAUGGCACAGUGACAGUCCGACGCUUUUGUGAAGGUUAAGCAUGACUGCGGCAGCCGGUGUGCUAACAGGCUUGGCCAAGCUAAAACGCCAGGACUCUGCCCGCUCUCAGCUUCGACCCGGACAGCCUUCAUCCCCUGGUGUAGGGAACCCCGUCCCAGAGGCUGCUCCCAGAAAAAGAAAACGACGCACUGAUGUUGUGGUGGUACGUGGCAGGCUCCGCCUCUACUCUGCCUCUGGGUUUUUCCUCCUCCUGGGACUGGUCAUCUUAGGCAUAGGGAUCUGCAUGGCGACGCUGGGUUACUGGCCGCACGGGGAAACCACACCCUUGGCCAAAUCAGCGACUGGAGAGGGAUCAAAGACAGCAGCAGCUGGAGGAGACAAGUCAUCUUCCACAGGUGAAGGAGAUGGAGCCAAGAUGUCCGUCACAGAGAGGGGUACCGCCUCCAAGCAGACAGGGGGGGCUCUGACGAGGUUCCUGGAACAGCAUCUUCACUCGGAGCGGAUGAAGAUGUUCGGGCCUUUCACCAUGGGCAUCGGGAUUUUUAUCUUUAUUUGUGCUAAUGCCAUUCUUCAUGAAAACAGAGACAGAGAAACAAAGAUCAUCCAUAUGAGAGACAUGUACUCCACAGUUAUUGACAUCCAUCGCCUCAGGCAGAAGGAGCAAAAACAACAACACCGCAACAGCGCCUAUGCAAGAGAAGGCUUCGGAGUUGAUAACGCAGCUCGACGGGCCAGCAACUCUCUCCUGGCGUUCUCCUCUCGCGCUGGAGGAGGCUCUACAGAGGAGGAGGUGCUGUUGGGUGACGAGUUUUACAGACAGAGAGAGCAGGCUAGGUUGGAUUGUAGCUUUGCGGGGCUGCUGGCGCCGCUCUACAAAGAUCGGCCCAUGUUUGGGCCCGGGCUGGGUCGCUCAGAUUCCAUGCACCAUCAGUGGUCGGUGGACGGAGAAGGAGAGAAGGGAGGACACCAUGCUCGCUCUAUCGUCUCCUCCUCCAUCUCUGCUUUUACUCUCCCUGUUAUAAAGCUCAACAACUGCGUUAUUGAUGAGCCGGAGAUGGAGGUGAUCACUGAGGAGGACAGGGCAGGAGAGAGGAGAGACAGGGAGAGGGCGCAGCCCCUGAGCUCCAUGGAGUCACUGGUGGUUCCCAUAGCAUCGGUUGCCAAGGCCUCCAAACCACCGAGUUUACACCGAAGUAACUCGGCCUCCUCCUCAUCCCACUGCUCCUCUAUGUCCUCGUCCUCCCUCUCCCCGGCUCCCUCCUCUACCUCAGGCUGCUGGCUCUCCCCGGGAGCAGCCAGGAGUGACUUUGGCUCCAACAACUCUCUGCACAUGCUCAGCAGCCACUCCAAAUCUCUGGACCUGGAGCGCGGGGCGUGCAUGCUCAGCGUGCACCCGGAGCAGCGCAAGCACCCCAGCUGGCCCCGCCUCGACCGCAGCAACAGCAGCCGCAGCAUCAGCGGCAACCGGAGCAACAGUAAAGGUUACAUGCGGCUGGAGGACAGGGAGGAGCAAGGGGAGCGGCUGCUGGACGCGUCACCGGCCGCGACAGCGAGGCGCGACUACAGCAAGCGCGAGAAGCUGCUAAUGAUAUCGAGGUCGCAUAACAAUCUGAGCUUUGAACACGAGGAGUUUCACAGCAACACACUGAAGAGAGGCAGCUCUGAGACUCGAUUCUGAACUGAAGGUUGAGGACAGUUCUGUCCUGUUCUGUAAAUUGCUCUCAAGACUGUGCGAGUGUUUGUUUGA